AUGUCAAUAGUCAAUGGGCGAAGUUCCAGUAUCUCAUCUGCUGGAGACAAAGGCCCAUUCAUGGAAGAUUACUCGGCCUACUCAGUUGAGGAACUUUUCCAGAAAUUCUCCAUUAAAGACAUCCAAGGUGUGAAUCAACGUUAUAAACAAGAUGCGUUGACAGCAAAGCAUCAACUCCAAAACCUAGUCAGCGAGAAGUAUCGAGAUUUGAUUUCGAUCAGUGAUGGAAUUGAUGAGAAGUGUCAAAGAUUAGAAUUAAGCUUGUCGAAUUUUGCAUUCAAACCUGCUAAUUUUGUCAAAUUCAACUCUGAUUCUUACUCGAAAUUGAGCUACUCAAUGAUUUCCGAAGAACACCAACAAUUGAAAACCGCUCAGAAACUAACAGUGUUAAAUGACAUGAUAUAUGAUGUUUUACUCGGUUUCGACUUGAAAUUGCAGAAGCGUAAAUUUCACCAAUCACCGGUGGUUCACACUUCUAAGCUCAUAUACUACUCCAAAGUCUAUUUCACUUUAGAGUCGAAUUUCAAGAAUGAAAUCAAGUCCAAUUCCUUAUUGAACCUGUGUUUCCACAGUAUGAAACAGAACUUCAAUGAUUUCUUGAAAGAACAGAUAUCUUGUUUCAAUAAAUCAUCUAAUUCCUUCAUCCAAGAUUCAGACAAGUUUGAAGCCAAUCAAUCCUUCGACAUUAACAACAUCUUUUCAAAGACUUCGUUGAAUCUAAUGGAUGAGAAUGAAGAAUUUGAAUUGGACGAAUCGGUAGGUGAGUCUAAUGAUAAUCCUGUGGACUACGUUGGCGAAUUGACAGAGACUUAUGAUUCAAAUACUUUGCCUAUUAUCAACUACUUGGUAUCAUACAUUAUUCUUAAUACUGAAGGCCUGUCAGUUUCAAGGUCAUCAGUUUUGUUUGAAUUUUUGCAAUUCAGGUUCGAUUAUUUGCUGUCUAUUUUGACCUCUAUGCAUGUUGACUCAACGAAUUAUGAUAGAGUGAACUUCUUGAAUAUAUUCGUGUUCAUUGAAAACACUUUUGGGUAUGCUGCAAACUACUUCGAAAACCAAGAUUUCAAAAACGGAUUGGUCAAACAACUAACGAAGGUAACGAGAAAUUGGAGUCUUGGAUUUGACCAAUAUCAUAAUUCAAAGACAUCACAAAGGUUCAAUAUUGAUCCUAUUACUGUAAAAUUACCCCCAAGCUCUUUAAAGGACUUGAAAGACGUCAAGAGAAAAUUCGUGGACCUUAUUGUAUCAUUCUUCAAAGAGUUACCUGUCGAUAAAACAGUUGAAGUUAAGGCGUCAAUCCACAAUUUGGUAUUCUUCAAAAAUUUACUUAUAAGUGUUAAGCGAAUUGAUAUUCAAUGUAGUGAGCUCGGGUUUAAGUCUCAAAUCACUAGAUUGAUUGCUGAAGAUGAUGAAAAUAUACUAGUCAAAAUAUUACUGAUGAUUAUUUCGAAUGUGGAAGAACUGUACAAGAACCAUCUUUCCUUAAUAUCGGAUAAGAAGGACAUUAGUUUAUAUGGAAUUCUAACAAGAGGGCUUUCACGUACACUACCCCAAUCAAGUACCAAAGAAAUGAGUCUUUUUACCACUGAGUUUGUUGACUUGAUAAGCAGUAAUUUGACUCAAUAUUCUGACUUGAUAACAGAAGCUUCAAGAAACCCAACGUUUUCCUUCAGAGGGCCCGAAGAGGAUGUAACAAAACUGAUAGAAGGCUGGUUUGAGAACAACACCAAAUUUUUAUUGUUGCUAGAGACUAAAGAAGAGCCAAAAUUCAAGUUCGACUUGGUUGAAUUGACCAGCUACCUAGCUAAGCCGCUAGACGAGACUGGUGUAGAAGUGCAAUGGGGUAAGUUCAGCAGAAAAAGGAUGAUGGACGAAUUUAGUGGUUUGACAGCAUCACUUGAAAAGAUGUUUUGGACGAACAUAGACGAAUUCAUCUGUAGAAUCAGCACUUUAGCGUCCGAAAAUAUCGAAGGUAAAAACAUAGCAAACAUUUAUGCAAUUACAAAGUGUUUAAUAAUGUUGAAACAAAAUAUUUUGUUACUGACAGAUGACAAGGUGACAGUAAAUGAAAGAGUUGAUAAGAUCAAUGCAGGAAUAGAACAAUGCUCCAACUACAUCGUUGAGACUAUUCCUACUCUUGUUGAUGAAUCUUCAAUUUCAUUCUUUGAUCAGUUUGAAGCAGUUUUUGAAUCGAUUUUAAACACAGAAGAGAGUGCAAUUGAAAAUUUUCCAUCCACUCCUUCGUUGAAGUUGAGUGCCUUAAUGUUCCAUCUAUCAACUCAGUUCAUGAAUCCAAACAGUUCAUCAUAUGAGAAAGAUUAUCAGAAUGGGAUUCUAUUCAUUGAUAACAACAAUAACAUUUUUGCCAACAAGAAGAACGAAUUCAUUAACAAUAUUUUGAUUCCAAAAGCGUAUGAAGUUAUAUUAGGUAAAGAUAUUAAACUCAGCAAAGCAUUGGCACAUCUUAUCUACUCCAACAUCGUGUAUCUUGCAUGUUUCACAAGCAAUACCCCCAAUGUACCUCUUGAUGAAAUCAAGAGCAUUGCCGAUUUUGAGAUCAAUGAUAUCGACUUCAAAGAGAUUUCUAAAAGCAUAUUAGAGUUCUACACGGCUUCCAAAAAUUCUUAUUAUCCAUUAAAUGCAUAG